CUUGCCUGGGCGCUGCCCCAACCCCUGGUAGACACAGACCCCCCAACCCUGCUGCCACCAUGGACCACUCCUUCAGCGGAGCGCCCCGCUUCCUGACGCGGCCAAAGGCUUUUGUGGUAUCUGUGGGCAAGGAUGCCACACUGAGCUGCCAGAUCGUGGGUAACCCCACGCCACACGUGAGCUGGGAGAAGGACCGGCAGCCAGUGGAGGCAGGAGCACGCUUCCGCCUGGCCCAGGACGGGGAUGUGUACCGCCUCACCAUCCUGGAUCUGGCGCUCGGUGACAGUGGGCAGUAUGUGUGUCGCGCGAGGAAUGCCAUCGGGGAGGCCUUCGCCGCCGUCGGCCUGCGAGUGGACUCGGAGGGCACGUGCGCCGAGCAGGCGCCCCACUUUCUGCUGCGGCCCACCUCCAUCCGCGUGCGCGAGGGCGCAGACGCUACCUUCCGAUGUCGCGUGGGCGGCUCACCACAACCCGCUGUGAGCUGGUCCAAGGAUGGGCGGCGCCUGGGCGCCCCCGAUGCCCCCCAUGUGCGCGUGGAAGAUCACGGCGAGGCCAGCGCGCUUCGCAUCCGGUCGGCACGGCCUCGCGACGGUGGCACCUACGAAGUCCGAGCCGAGAACCCGCUGGGUUCCGCCAGCGCCGCCGCCGCGCUCGUGGUGGACUCGGACGCCGAGGCUGCCGGACCACCCGGGGCCUCCACCGCCUCGCUCCUGGCGCAUCUGCAGCAGCGGCGCGAGGCCAUGCGCGCAGAGGGCGUCCCCCCCUCCCCGCCCGGCGCCGGCACACGCACCUGCACGGUGACCGAGGGCAAACACGCGCGCCUCAGCUGCUUUGUGACCGGCGAGCCCAAGCCCGAGACAGUGUGGAAGAAGGACGGGCAGCUGGUGACCGAGGGCCGGCGCCACGUGGUGUAUGAGGAUGAGCAAGAGAACUUCGUCCUUAAGAUUCUUUUCUGCAAGCAAUCGGACCGUGGCCUCUACACUUGCACAGCCUCCAACCUCGUAGGCCAGACCUACAGCUCCGUGCUGGUGGUCGUGCGAGAGCCGGCGGUGCCCUUCAAGAAGCGGUUGCAGGACCUGGAGGUGAAAGAGAAAGAGUCUGCCACGUUCCAGUGUGAGGUGGCGCAGCCGGCCACGGAGGCGGCGUGGUUCAAGGAGGAGACGCGUCUGUGGGCCAGCGCCAAGUACCGCAUCGAGGAGGAGGGCACCGAGCGCCGGCUGACCGUGCGCGACGUCUCGGCGGACGACGACGCGGUGUACAUCUGCGAGACCACAGAGGGCAGCCGCACGGUGGCAGAGCUCUCGGUCCAAGGGAACCUGACCAGAAAGCUACCCCGGAAGACGGCAGUGCGCGCUGGAGACACAGCCAUCUUCUGGGUGGAGCUAGCUGUCCCCGAGGGCCCUGUCCAGUGGCUGCGGAACCAGGAGGAGAUGGUGGCAGGGGGCCGGGUAGCCAUCACUGCAGAAGGCACGUGCCACACACUGACCAUCUUCCAGUGUACCUUGGAGGACAUGGGUGAGGUGGCCUUUGUGGCUGGUGGCUGCCGAACAACCACCCAGUUCUGUGUAUCAGCACCCAGGAGGCCACCCCUGUACCCCCCUGCUAACCCUGUGGUGAAGGCCAAGACAGAGAGUUCUGUGACCCUGAGCUGGUCCCCACCACCCCAUGGGGACCGCCCUGUCACCAUUGACGGUUAUGUGGUGGAGAAAAGGAGACUUGGCGCUUAUGCUUGGAGCCGGUGUCAUGAAACAGAAUGGCUGGCCACAACUGAGUUUACCGUGGCUGGUGUGGCUGAGGAGGGCGACUUCCAGUUCCGAGUGUCAGCCAUCAACCACUUUGGCCAGAGCCCUUACCUUGAGUUUCCAGGGACCAUCCACUUGGUCCCCAGGCUGGCUGUAAAGACACCUCUGAAGGCAGUGGAGGCGGUGGAGGGUGGUGAGGUCACCUUCUCUGUGGACCUCACCGUGGCCUCUGAGGGCGAGUGGUACCUGAAUGGGGAGGCCUUGAAAGCCAGCAGCGUAUACGUGAUCCGCUGUGACCGUACCCGGCAUAUGCUCACCAUCAGAGAGGUGCCUGCCAGGUUGCACGGGGCACAGCUGAAGUUUGUGGCUAACGGCAUUGAAACCAGCAUCCAGAUGGUGGUCCGAGCCGCUCUGGGGCUAGCCAGCAACAAGCUUCCUGCUGUGGCUGCCCGGGAGGUGCUGGCCUGGUUGCAUGAGGAGGCACAGCUGCUGGCUGAGCUGUCCGACCAGGCUGCGGCUGUGACUUGGCUGAAGGAUGGCCGCGAGCUGCCCCUAGGACCCAAGUACGAGAUGCAGGUGUCAGCUGGGAGGCGAGCCCUGCUGGUGCGGGAUGUGGCACAGGAUGAUGCUGGCCUCUAUGAGUGUGUUAGUCGUGGGAGCCGCAUUGCCUACCAGUUGUUGGUCCAAGGCAUUACAGCUUUUCUUCACAGAUGUAGCAGGUGGUUGUGUGGAUGCGGUGGUUGGGAGCCAACUGGGCCUCAGAGGCACAUGUGCAAAUGUACUGGGGCAAAGAUAGCAAGAUGCUUUGGUCCCUCUUGCCAGGGCUUCUUGCAGUAGGGCAUGGGAGUAUGGCAUUGGCUGGGGGCAGCUUCGGAUACCAGGCAGGGCAAGGGAGUCUCCUGUUCCCUGCAUGAAGAUCCCAAGGUGGUGUUUGCCAAGGAACAGCAGGCUUGCAGCGAGGUGAAGUCAGAGGCGGGGGCCAGUGCCACACUGAGCUGUGAGGUGGCCCAGGCCCAGACUGAGGUGACCUGGUUCAAGGAUGGGAAGAAGCUGAGCUCUGGCUCGAAGGUUCGAGUGGAGGCCUCGGGCUGUGAGAGGAGGCUGGUGGUGCAGCAGGCGGGCAAGGCGGAUGCUGGGGAGUACAGCUGUGAGGCCGGGGGCCAGAAGGUCUCCUUCCGUCUGGACGUCACAGAGCCCAAGGUGGUGUUUGCCAAGGAACAGCAGGCUCGCAGCGAGGUGAAGGCAGAGGCGGGGGCCAGUGCCACACUGAGCUGCACGGUGGCCCAGGCCCAGACUGAGGUGACCUGGUUCAAGGAUGGGAAGAAGCUGAGCUCUGGCUCGAAGGUUCGAGUGGAGGCCUCGGGCUGUGAGAGGAGGCUGGUGGUGCAGCAGGCGGGCAAGGCGGAUGCUGGGGAGUACAGCUGUGAGGCCGGGGGCCAGAAGGUGUCCUUCCGUCUGGACAUCACAGAGCCCAAGAUGGUGUUUGCCAAAGAACAGCAGGCACACAGCGAGGUGAAGUCAGAGGCGGGGGCGAGUGCCACACUGAGCUGUGAGGUGGCCCAGGCCCAGACUGAGGUGACCUGGUUCAAGGAUGGGAAGAAGCUGAGCUCUGGCUCAAAGGUUCGAGUGGAGGCCUCGGGCUGUGAGAGGAGGCUGGUGGUGCAGCAGGCGGGCAAGGCGGAUGCUGGGGAGUACAGCUGUGAGGCCGGGGGCCAGAAGGUCUCCUUCCGUCUGGAUGUCACAGAGCCCAAGGUGGUGUUUGCCAAGAAGCAGCAGGCUCGCAGCGAGGUGAAGGCAGAGGCAGGGGCCAGUGCCACACUGAGCUGUGAGGUGGCCCAGGCCCAGACUGAGGUGACCUGGUUCAAGGAUGGGAAGAAGCUGAGCUCUGGCUCGAAGGUUCGAGUGGAGGCCUCGGGCUGUGAGAGGAGGCUGGUGGUGCAGCAGGCGGGCAAGGCGGAUGCUGGGGAGUACAGCUGUGAGGCCGGGGGCCAGAAGGUCUCCUUCCAUCUGGACGUCACAGAGCCCAAGGUGGUGUUUGCCAAGGAACAGCAGGCACGCAGUGAGGUGAAGGCAGAGGUGGGGGCUAGUGCCACACUGAGCUGCACGGUGGCCCAGGCCCAGACUGAGGUGACCUGGUUCAAGGAUGGGAAGAAGCUGAGCUCUGGCUCGAAGGUUCGAGUGGAGGCCUCGGGCUGUGAGAGGAGGCUGGUGGUGCAGCAGGCGGGCAAGGCGGAUGCUGGGGAGUACAGCUGUGAGGCCGGGGGCCAGAAGGUCUCCUUUCGUCUGGAUGUGCCAGAGCCCAAGGUGGUGUUUGCCAAGAAGCAGCAGGCUCGCAGCGAGGUGAAGGCAGAGUCAGGGGCCAGUGCCACACUGAGCUGUGAGGUGGCCCAGGCCCAGACUGAGGUGACCUGGUUCAAAGAUGGGAAGAAGCUGAGCUCUGGCUCGAAGGUUCGAGUGGAGGCCUCGGGCUGUGAGAGGAGGCUGGUGGUGCAGCAGGCGGGCAAGGCGGAUGCUGGGGAGUACAGCUGUGAGGCCGGGGGCCAGAAGGUCUCCUUCCGUCUGGACGUCACAGAGCCCAAGGUGGUGUUUGCCAAGGAACAGCAGGCUCGCAGCGAGGUGAAGGCAGAGGCGGGGGCCAGUGCCACACUGAGCUGCAUGGUGGCCCAGGCCCAGACUGAGGUGACCUGGUUCAAGGAUGGGAAGAAGCUGAGCUCUGGCUCGAAGGUUCGAGUGGAGGCCUCGGGCUGUGAGAGGAGGCUGGUGGUGCAGCAGGCGGGCAAGGCGGAUGCUGGGGAGUACAGCUGUGAGGCCGGGGGCCAGAAGGUCUCCUUCCAUCUGGACGUCACAGAGCCCAAGGUGGUGUUUGCCAAGAAGCAGCAGACACACAGCGAGGUGAAGGCAGAGGCGGGGGCCAGUGCCACACUGAGCUGUGAGGUGGCCCAGGCCCAGACUGAGGUGACCUGGUUCAAGGAUGGGAAGAAGCUGAGCUCUGGCUCGAAGGUUCGAGUGGAGGCCUCGGGCUGUGAGAGGAGGCUGGUGGUGCAGCAGGCGGGCAAGGCGGAUGCUGGGGAGUACAGCUGUGAGGCCGGGGGCCAGAAGGUCUCCUUCCGUCUGGACAUCACAGAGCCCAAGGUGGUAUUUGCCAAGGAACAGCAGGCUCGCAGCGAGGUGAAGGCAGAGGCAGGGGCCAGUGCCACACUGAGCUGUGCGGUGGCCCAGGCCCAGACUGAGGUGACCUGGUUCAAGGAUGGGAAGAAGCUGAGCUCUGGCUCGAAGGUUCGAGUGGAGGCCUCGGGCUGUGAGAGGAGGCUGGUGGUGCAGCAGGCAGGCAAGGCAGAUGCUGGGGAGUACAGCUGUGAGGCCGGGGGCCAGAAGGUCUCCUUCCGUCUGGACGUCACAGAGCCCAAGGUGGUGUUUGCCAAGGAGCAGCAGGCUCGCAGCAAGGUGAAGUCAGAGGCGGGGGCCAGUGCCACACUGAGCUGUGAGGUGGCCCAGGCCCAGACUGAGGUGACCUGGUUCAAGGAUGGGAAGAAGCUGAGCUCUGGCUCGAAGGUUCGAGUGGAGGCCUCGGGCUGUGAGAGGAGGCUGGUGGUGCAGCAGGCGGGCAAGGCGGAUGCUGGGGAGUACAGCUGUGAGGCCGGGGGCCAGAAGGUCUCCUUCCGUCUGGACGUCACAGAGCCCAAGGUGGUGUUUGCCAAGGAACAGCAGGCUCGCAGCGAGGUGAAGGCAGAGGCGGGGGCCAGUGCCACACUGAGCUGCAUGGUGGCCCAGGCCCAGACUGAGGUGACCUGGUUCAAGGAUGGGAAGAAGCUGAGCUCUGGCUCGAAGGUUCGAGUGGAGGCCUCGGGCUGUGAGAGGAGGCUGGUGGUGCAGCAGGCGGGCAAGGCGGAUGCUGGGGAGUACAGCUGUGAGGCCGGGGGACAGAAGGUGUCCUUCCGUCUGGAUGUCACAGAGCCCCAGUCCCAAAUUCCAGAUAGACCCAGCCGCAGGGAGCCUCUGGUGGUCAAGGAACAUGAGAACAUUGUCCUGACCGCUACGCUGGCUGCACCCUCUGUGGCUGCUGUGACCUGGCUCAAAGACGGCGUGGAGAUUCGACGCAGUAAGCGGCAUGAGGCCACCAGCCUGGGUGAUACUCACACCCUGACCGUGAAGGGUGCCCAGGUGCUAGACAGUGCCAUCUACAGCUGCCGUGUUGGCAAGGAAAGUCGGGACUUUCCGGUGCAGGUGGAAGAGGUGGCCACCAAGUUCUCCAAACACCUGGAGCCCGUCGAAGGGGAAUUAGGUGGCACCGUGAAGCUGGUCUGCGAGCUGACCCCAGAACAGGCUGAGGUUGUGUGGCGCUGUGGGAGCACACAGCUGCGGGAGGGCAAGCACUUCCAGAUGACUUCUGAGGGGCCUAGGCGCACACUGACUGUGUCUGGCCUUCGAGAGGAUGAUGCAGAGGAGUAUGUGUGUGAGAGCCGGGAUGACCGAACCAGCGCGCGGCUCACUGUCAAAGUUCCCCGGGUGGUCAAGUUUACAUCUGGACUGAGCGCCGUGGUUGUCGAGGAAGGUCAAGAGGCCACCUUUCAGUGUGUCGUGUCCCCCAGCGAUGCAGCAGUCAUGUGGUACAAGGAUGGUGCCCAGCUGCUGCCCAGCGAGAAGUUCGUUAUGGCACAGAGUGGGGCCACCUGUAGCUUGACCAUCUUGGGUCUGACCCUGGAGGAUGCUGGCCGUGUCACAGUGGAGGCUGAGGGCGCCUCGUCUUCUGCUACCCUCCGGGUCCGAGAGGUACCAGUCCUCUUCAGAAAGAAGCUGGAGCCACAGACGGUGGAGGAGAAGAGCUCCGUGACGCUGGAGGUGGAGCUGACGCGCCCCUGGCCUGAGGUGAAGUGGACUCGGAAUGCUGCAGUCCUGGCGCCCAGCGAGAACGUGGAGAUCCAUGCUGAGGGCGCUCGGCACCGUCUGGUGCUGCGCAGUGUGGGCUUUGCUGACCGUGGCUUCUUUGGCUGUGAGACACCAGAUGACAAGACCCAGGCCAAGAUCAAUGUGGAAAUGCGGCAGGUCCGGCUGGUUCGAGGUUUGCAGGCCGUGGAGGCUAAGGAACAGGGCACAGCCUCCAUGGAUGUGGAGCUGUCCCACGCGGAUGUGGAGGGCAGCUGGACUCGAGAUGGCCUGCGGCUUCAGCCUGGGCCCACAUGUCACCUGGCUGUACAAGGCCCCAUCCACAUCCUCACACUCUCAGCGCUGAGGCCACAGGACAGCGGGUUGGUGGCCUUCAGGGCUGAGGGCGUGCACACGUCUGCACAGCUCAUCGUCACCGAGUUGCCGGUGAGCUUCACCCGACUACUACAGGAUGUGGUGGCCACCCAGAAAGAGAAAGUGACCCUGGAGUGUGAGUUGUCACGGCCAGUGGAUGUGCGCUGGCUGAAGGAUGGUGUGGAGCUGCGGGCAGGCAAGACCAUGGGCAUAGUGGCCCAGGGAACCUGCAGGAGUCUUGUCAUUUACCGAUGUGAGAUUGGGGACCAGGGUGUCUAUGUGUGUGAUGCUCUUGAUGCUCAGACCUCGGCCUCUCUCAAGGUGCAGGGGAGGACAUACACUCUCAUCUUCCGGAGGGUACUGGCGGAAGAUGCAGGGGAGAUCAAAUUUGUAGCUGAAAAUGUAGAAUCAAGAGCCCACCUCCGAGUGAAAGAGCUGCCUGUGACCCUCCUGCGCCCACUGCGGGACAAGAUUGCCAUGGAGAAACACCGUGGUGUGCUUGAGUGCCAGGUGUCCCGGGCCAGUGCCCAGGUGCGGUGGUUCAAGGGCAGAAUUGAGCUGCAGCCUGGGCCCAAGUAUGAAGUGGUCAGCGACGGCCUUUACCGCAAACUGGUCAUCAAUGAUGUGCAGCCCGAGGACGAAGAUACUUACACCUGUGAUGCUGGUGAUGUCAAGACCAGUGCCCAGUUCUUUGUGGAAGAGCAAUCCAUCACUAUUGUGCGAGGCCUGCAGGACAUGACAGUUAUGGAACCCGCCCCAGCCUGGUUUGAAUGUGAGACCUCCAUCCCCUCUGUGAGGCCACCCAAGUGGCUCCUUGGUAAGACUGUGCUACAGGCGGGGGCGAAUGUGGGCCUGGAGCAAGACGGUACCGUGCACCGGCUGACACUACAUAAGACCUGCUCCACCAUGACCGGGCCUGUGCACUUCACCAUCGGCAAGUCCCGCUCCUCUGCCCAGCUUGUCGUCUCAGACAUCCCUGUGGUACUGACACGGCCACUGGAGCCCAAAGCAGGGCGUGAGCUGCAGUCUGUAGUCCUGACUUGUGACUUCAGGCCGGCCCCCAAGGCCGUGCAGUGGUACAAGGAGGACACCCCGCUGGCCCCGUCAGAAAAAUUCAAGAUGGUGCUGGAGGGCCAGAUGGCAGAGCUGCGCAUACUCCGGCUCACUCCAGCCGAUGCUGGGCUCUAUCAGUGCCAGGCGGGUAACGCCCAGAGCAGUGCCAAGGUUACUGUGGAAGCUCGGGAGGUGACAGUGAUUCAGCCACUGAAGGAUGCUGAAACCAUGGAGGAAGGCCGGGUCUGCUUCUCAUGUGAGCUGUCCCGCAAGGAUGAGGACGUCGAAUGGUCACUCAAUGGGAUACCCCUGUACAAUGACAGCUUCCACGAGAUCAGCCACGAGGGCUGUUUCCACACGCUGGUACUGAAGAGUGUCCGGCAGGCCGACACUGGUACUGUGUGUGCCACCUCCCCCAAGGUGUCAGUCUCUGCCCAGCUAGUGGUCAGAGCAAAGCCAGUGGUGUUCCUGAAAGCACUGGAUGACGUAUCUGUAGAAGAACGUGGUACGCUGGCCCUGCAAUGUGAGGUCUCAGACCCUGGAGCACGUGUGGUUUGGCGCAAAGAUGGUGUGGAGCUGGGUCCCAGUGACAAGUAUGACUUCUUACACAAGGCAGGCACCCGGAGCCUUACGGUACAUGACCUGAGCCAUGAGGAUGCAGGACUGUACACCUGCCAUGUGGGCAGUGAGGAGACCCAGUCCAGGGUCAGCGUGCACGAUCUGCACGUGGGCAUCACCAAGAGAUUAAAGACAGUGGAGGUGGUGGAGGGAGAGAGCUGCAGCUUUGAGUGUGUCCUGUCCCACGAGAGUGACAGUGACCCAGCAGUGUGGACCGUCGCUGGGAAGACAGUGGGUAGUUCUGGCCACUUUCGGGCCACUCGCCAGGGCCGCAAAUAUACUCUGACAGUCAAAGAUGCCGCGCUCAGUGAUGCAGGGGAGGUGGUCUUCUCAGUGAUGGGUCUCACAUCCAAGGCCUCGCUCAUCAUCAGAGAGCGGCCAGUGGAGAUCACAAAGCCUUUGGAGGACCAGCGCACUACGCUUGGAGAACACGUGACACUAAGCUGUGAGCUGUCUAGGGCGGGCACCUCCGUGCGCUGGCUGAAAGAUGGGAAGGCCAUCCGGAAGAGUCAGAAGUACGACCUGCUCAGUGAAGGCACGCGGGCUGUGCUGGUUGUCCGCAAGGCCUCACUGAAGGAUUCUGGAGAGUACACCUGUGAAACAGAAGCUUCUAGAAGCACCGCCAGGCUCCUUGUGGAAGAAAAGGCAAACCGCUUCACGGAGGAGCUGGCUGACCUGCAGGUGGAAGAGAAGGGCACAGCUGUGUUCACAUGCAAGACAGAGCACCCAGCAUCUGUGGUGACCUGGCGCAAAGGCCUCCUGGAGCUUCGUGCCUCAGGGAAGCAUGCCCCCAGCCAGGAGGGCCUGACCUUGAAGCUCACCAUCAAUGCCCUGGAGAGGACAGACAGUGAUACCUACACCUGUGACAUUGGCCAAGCCCGGACCCAGGCCCAGCUCCUCGUCCAUGGCCAGAAAGUGCGCAUUACCGAGGACCUAGAGGACACUGCUGUCCAGGAGGGCUCCUCUGCCAAGUUCUGUUGCCGUAUCUCCCCUGCUGACUACAGCCCCGUGCACUGGUUCCUGGAUAAGACCCCCUUGCACAGCAAUGAGCUGAAUGAGAUCACUGUCCAGCCUGGAGGCUACCACGUGCUCAUCCUGCGGCAGCUGGCACUCAAGGACUCAGGCACUGUCUACUUCGAGGCGGGUGAUCAGCGGACCUCAGCUGCCCUGCGGGUGACUGAGAAGCCGAGCAUCUUCUCUCGGCCACUCACGGAUGUCACAGUCACAGAAGGCGAGGACUUGACUCUUGUCUGUGAAACCACCACUCUGGAUAGCUCUGUGCGCUGGACCAAAGAUGGGAAGACACUGAGGCCCUCUGCACGAUGCCAGAUGAGCUAUGAAGGCUGCCGGGCCCAGCUGGUCAUCAUUGGUACCACCCUACAAGAUGGUGGGCGAUACAAAUGUGAGGUUGGCGGAACCUCCAGCAGUUCCAUCGUCAGGGUUCAUGCUCAGCCAGUGCGGUUCAGGGAGUCCCUGAAAGAUAUGGAGGUGCCAGAGGGCAGGGCAGCCACGCUACGCUGCGUGCUGUCAUCCGUGGCUGCCCCUGUGGAGUGGCGGCAUGGAGAUGACAUCCUGAAGUCUAGCAGCAAGUACAGCCUGUGCCAAGAAGGGGCUGUGCUGGAGCUGGUCAUCCGAGACUUAAAGCCCCAGGACAGUGGACUGUAUUCAUGCUCCUUUGGGGACCAGACAACUUCAGCCACACUCACGGUAAAAACUGCGUCUGCCCAGUUCAUAGGAAAACUGAGAAACAAGGAGGCCACAGAAGGGACCAUGGCCACACUGCGGUGUGAGCUGACCAAAGAGGCCCCCGUGGAGUGGAGGAAGGGAGCAGAGACCCUGAGAAACGGGGACAAGUACAGCCUGAAGCAGGAUGGAGCGGUGUGUGAACUGCAGAUCUGUAGCCUGGUUGUGGCAGAUGCAGGGGAGUACUUGUGUGUGUGUGGACAGGAGAGGACCUCGGCUACGCUGACUGUCAAGGCUCUGCCUGCCCACUUCAUCAGAAGGCUCAGAAGCAAGGAGGCCACAGAAGAGGACACUGCCACGCUGCAGUGUGAGCUGAGCAAGGCUGCCCCUGUGGAGUGGAGGAAGGGAGCAGAGACCCUGAGAGAUGGAGACAGAUACACCCUGAAACAGGAUGGGGCUGUGUGCGAGCUGCAAAUCCGCAGCCUGACUACCUCAGAUGCUGGGGAGUACUUGUGCAUAUGUGGGCAAGAAAAGACUUCAGCCACGCUGACCAUCAGGGCCCUCCCUGCUACGUUCAUAGAAGGUCUGAAGAAUGAAGACGUCACAGAAGGAACCACGGCUGCACUGAGGUGUGAACUGAGCAAGGCAGCUUCUGUGACAUGGAAGAAAGGGACAAAGACUUUGCAAGCGGGAGCCCGAUAUGACCUGAGGCAGGAUGGAGCCGUGUGUAGGCUGCAGAUCCAUGGUGUGACCGUGGCCGAUGCUGGGGAGUACUCAUGUGUGUGUGUGCAGGAGAAGACUUCAGCCACGCUCACUGUCAGGGGCCUGCCUGACAAAUUUAUAGAAGACUUGAAGAACCAAGAAGCCACAGAAGGGGCCACAGCCAUAUUAAGAUGUGAGCUGAGCAAGGCUGCCCCUGUGGAGUGGAGGAAGGGGUCUGAAAGCCUGAGAGAUGGGGACAGAUACAUCCUGAGGCAGGAUGGAGCUGUGUGUGAACUGCAGAUCUGUGGCCUGGCCGUGGAAGAUGCUGGGGAGUACUCAUCCCUGCCCACCAGAUUCAUAGAAGACUUGAGAAGCCAAGAGGCCACAGAAGGCACUGUGGUCACGCUGAGGUGCCAUCUGAGCAAGGCUGCUCCUGUGGAGUGGAGGAAGGGGUCUGAAAGCCUGAGAGAUGGGGACAGAUACAGCCUGAGGCAGGAUGGGGCCACGUGUGAGCUGCAGAUCUGUGGCCUGGCCGUGGAAGAUGCUGGAGAGUACUCAUGCGUGUGUGGGCAGGAGAGGACCUCAGCCACGCUGAGUGUCAAGGCCCUGCCCACCAGAUUCAUAGAAGACUUGAGAAGCCAAGAGGCCACAGAAGGCACUGUGGUCACGCUGAGGUGCCAGCUGAGCAAGGCUGCUCCUGUGGAGUGGAGGAAGGGGUCUGAGAGCCUGAGAGAUGGGGACAGAUACAGCCUGAGGCAGGAUGGGGCCACGUGUGAGCUGCAGAUCUGUGGCCUGGCCAUGGAAGAUGCUGGAGAGUACUCAUGCGUGUGUGGGCAGGAGAAGAGCUCAGCCACGCUGAGUGUAGAUGCCCUGCCCACACGGUUCACUGAAGAGCUGAAGUCCCAGGAGGUCAUGGAAGGCUGCACGGCCACUCUGCAGUGUCAGCUCAGCAAAAAGGCCUCUGUGGAGUGGAAGAAGGGAAGAGAGACCCUCAGAGAUGGAGACAGAUACAAGCUGCAGCACAAGGGAACCACGUGUGAGCUGCAAAUCCAUGACCUGACCAUGUCAGAUGCUGCAGAGUACUCAUGCGUGUGUGGGGAGGAGAAGACCACAGCCAUGCUGACUGUCAAGGCACUACCCAUCAAGUUCACAGAGGAUCUGAAGAAUGAAGAGGCCACAGAAGGGACCAUGGUGACUUUGAGGUGCCAGCUGAGCAAAGAAGCCCCAGUGGAGUGGAGAAAGGGAACAGAGAUCCUCAGAGAUGGAGACAGAUAUAGUCUGAGACAGAACCAGGCUGUGUGUGAGCUGUACAUCCGUGGCCUGGCUAUGGAAGAUGCUGGAGAGUACUCAUGCCUGUGUGGACAGGAGAAGACCUCAGCCACACUGAAUGUCAAGGCCCUGCCCACCAGAUUCAUAGAAGACUUGAGAAGCCAAGAGGCCACAGAAGGCACUGUGGUCACGCUGAGGUGCCAUCUGAGCAAGGCUGCCCCUGUGGAGUGGAGGAAGGGGUCUGAAAGCCUGAGAGAUGGGGACAGAUACAGCCUGAGGCAGGAUGGGGCCACAUGUGAGCUGCAGAUCUGUGGCCUGGCCGUGGAAGAUGCUGGAGAGUACUCAUGCGUGUGUGGGCAGGAGAGGACCUCAGCCACGCUGAGUGUCAAGGCUCCACAGGUGGUGUUCCAGAAACCACUGCAGAACCUGAAAGUGGAAGAAGGUUCCACGGCCAGCCUGCAGUGUGAGCUGUCAGUCCCCAACGCUGCUGUGGUUUGGAGCAAGGGUGGCUUGGAGCUGCAGGCUGAUGCACGCCGGGAGUCCCGGCAGCAGGGGUGUGCGGCAGAGCUGCUGCUUAGGGAUGUGUGCCGUGAGGAUGCGGGCGAGUACAGUUGCACCUGCGGCUCCCAGACCACAAGUGCCACACUCAUGGUUACAGCUGCUCCCGUGCGGUUCCUCAGGGAGCUGCAGGCCCAGGAAGUGGAUGAGGGGACCACUGCACACCUGCACUGUGAGCUGAGCCAGGCAGCUGCAAGCGUGGAGUGGCGCAAGGGCUGCCUGCAGCUGUUCCCUUGUGCCAAGUAUCAGAUGGUGCAGGAGGGCACCAUGGCUGCGCUGCUGGUCCGGGAGGUGGAGCAGGAGGAUGCCGGGGAAUACAUCUGCGAUGCGGGCCACGCGCAGAGCAUCGCCAGGCUCUCAGUUCGAGCCCCCAAGCCCAAGUUCAAGACUGGCCUGCAGAGCACAGAGCAGGAAGCAGGUGGCGUGGCCCAGCUGUGUUGUCAGCUGAGCGAGGCUGAGCCAGGGGCUCCAGUGCAGUGGCUCAAGGAGGGUGUAGAGCUGCGCGUCAGCCCCAAGUACGAGAUGCGGCGCCAAGGGGCUAUGUGCGAGCUGCUGAUCCACGGGCUGGAGACCAAGGACACCGGAGAAUAUGCCUGUGUGGUGGGUGGCCAGAAGACCUUGGCCUCUCUCAGAGUCAAAGAGCCUGAGGUGACCAUUGUGCGGGGACUGGUUGACAUGGAGGUGCAGGCUGACGAGGAUGUGGAGUUUACUUGCGAGGUGUCGCGAGCAGGAGCCACAGACAUGCGGUGGCAUCUCCAGGGUCUGCCACUGCAGAGCAAUGAAGUCACAGAGGUGGCUGUUCUUGGAGAUGGCCGUACCCACAUGCUCCAGCUGAAGGGCGUGACACUGGAGGAUGCUGGCACCGUCUCCUUCCACGUGGGCAACCAAUCAUCAUCUGCUCAGCUCACGGUCCGAGUUCCUGAGGUGACCAUUCUGGAGCCCCUGCAAGAUGUGCAGCUCAGCGAAGGCCAGGAUGCCCAUUUCCAGUGCCGACUGUCCAGGGCCUCAGGCCAGGAGGCCCGCUGGGCUUUGGGAGGGGUUCCCUUGCAGUCCAAUGAGAUGAAUGACAUCGCUGUGGAGCAGGGCACACUCUACCUGCUCACUCUGCAUAAGGUGACCCUGGAGGAUACUGGAACCAUCACUCUCCAAGUGGGCUCAUGCUCCUCAGAAGCCCAGCUGAAGGUCACAGCCAAGAACACAGUGGUGCAUGGCCUGGAGAACGUGGAUGCCCUGGAGGGCGGCGAAGCUCUGUUCGAGUGCCAGCUGUCCCAGCCUGAAGUGGCUGCCCACACCUGGCUCUUGGAUGAUGAGCCUGUGCACACCUCGGAAAAUGUGGAGAUGGUCUACUUUGAGAAUGGGCUGCGGCACUUGCUGCUGCUCAAAAACCUGAAGCUGCAGGACAGCUGCCGAGUGACCUUCCUGGCAGGGGGUGUGGUCACAUCUGCAUUCCUCACCGUGAGAGCCCUCCCUGACCCCCCUGAAGAUGCUGAGGUGGUGGGUCGUAGUGGCCGUUCCGUGACCCUAUCCUGGGUGGCUCCCAUGAGUGAUGGUGGCGGCGGUCUUUGUGGUUAUCGUGUGGAGAUGAAGGAGGCAUCCACCGGCCAGUGGCAGUUGUGCCAUGAGCUGGUACCUGGGCCAGAGUGUGUGGUGGACGGCCUGGUCCCUGGGGAGACCUAUCGCUUCCGAGUGGCAGCUGUAGGUCCAGCAGGUGCUGGGGAGCCUGUCCAUCUGCCCCAGAUGGUCAAGCUAGUCCCAAUCUCAGCCCCUACCCCAGCCCCAACCCAGCCCCCAGCCCCGGAGACACGGCAGGCAAUAGUUGGUGAGGAUGUGUGUCUGGAGUUGGAAGUGGCAGCUGAGGCUGGUGAGGUCGUCUGGCACAAGGGAACAGAGCGCAUCCAGCCCGGCGGACACUUUGAGGUCCUCUCUCAGGGUCAGCGGCAGGUGCUGGUGAUCAAGGGCUUUAGGACGGAAGACCAAGGGGAGUACCGCUGUUGUCCCGCCCGGGGCCCGCCCUCCUCAGGGGCUGCCACUUUUAAUGUGGUGAUGACCUCAGGCUCUGGGGAUGAGGUCCCCUCGCAGCCCAGCCUGCCUCCUGAGGCAGCCCAGGAGGGUGACCUGCAUCUGCUCUGGGAGGCCCUUGCCCGGAAGCGCCGCAUGAGUCGGGAGCCCACUCUGGACUCCAUCAGUGAGCUGCCCGAGGAAGACAGCCGUGUGCAACAUCUGCGGCAGGAGGCAGAAGAGACAGCCCCUGACCUCUCUGAGGGUUACUCUACGGCUGAUGAGCUAGCACGCACAGGAGAGGCUGACCUCUCACACACCAGCUCUGACGACGAGUCCCGGGCUGGCACCCCUUCCCUAGUUACCUACCUCAAGAAGGCCGGGGGUCCUGGGAUCUCACCCCUGGCCAGCAAGCAUGGGGCCCAGGUGGCCACCUCUGUGAAGCCAGAAAAGCAGCAGGAGCAAGUAGUGUCCAUGUGCCCACCGGCGGGAGACUUGAGUGCAGCUGACCUGAAGGAUCCAUCUCUGGACAAGGCAGCGGUGAAGAUCCAGGCUGCCUUUAAGGGCUACAAAGUGCGGAAGGAGAUAAAGCAGCAGGAAGGGCCUGUGUUCUCCCGGACAUUUGGGGACACAGAGGCACAGGCUGGGGAUGUGCUGCGGCUGGAGUGCGUGGUGGCCAGCAAGGCUGAUAUGCGGGCCUGCUGGCUGAAGGAUGGCAUAGAGUUGACGGACGGGCGGCACUAUCACAUAGACCAGCUCAAGGACGGUACCUGCUCUCUGCUGGUCACUGGCUUGGGCCCCACUGACACUGGCCGUUACACUUGUCAGGUGAGCACCAAGUUUGGCCGUGUGAGCCACAGUGCCUGUGUGGUGGUCAGUGGGACAGAGAGUGAGGCUGAGAGCUCCUCUGGAGGUGAGCUGGACGACGCCUUCCGCCGGGCGGCGCGGAGGCUGCACAGGCUCUUCCGCACCAAGAGCCCAGCUGAGCUUUCAGAGGAGGAGCUCUUCCUCAGCGCCGACGAAGGCCCUGCGGAGCCAGAGGAGCCUGCAGACUGGCAGACGUACCGAGAGGACGAGGACGUUGUGUGCAUCCGCUUUGAGGCACUUGAGGAGGCCCGCCGAGCAGUCACCUGCUUCCGCGACAUGUUUGCCACCAUGGGCAUCGGGGUGGAGAUCAGCCUGGGGGAGCAGGGACCCCGGGGCGUGGAGAUGCGCAUUGGCAAGGUGGCUCCCACUGUCACCCCGGCGCCGCUAGCAAAGACACCCGGCCCGCAGACUUCAGAUGCUGCCCCAGUGUUCCUGACUGAGCUGCAGAACCAAGAAGUGCAGGAUGGCUACCCCAUGAGCUUCAACUGCGUGGUGACGGGCCAGCCUGUGCCCAGUGUGCGCUGGUUCAAGGACGGGAAGCUGCUGGAGGAGGAUGACCAUUACAUGAUCAAUGAGGACCAACAGGGCGGCCACCAGCUCAUCAUCACGGCAGUGGUGCCAGCAGACAUGGGUGUCUACCGCUGCCUGGCGGAGAACAGUGUGGGAGUCUCCUCCACCAAGGCGGAGCUUCGUGUGGAGCUGACCAGCACAGAUUAUGAUACUGCAGCAGACGCUACUGAGACCUCAUCAUACUUCAGCGCCCAGGGAUACCUGUCCAGCCGGGAGCAAGAGGGAACUGAGUCAGAUGAGGGACAGCUUCCCCAGGUGCUGGAGGAGCUGAAAGACCUCCAGGUGGCCCCUGGCACACGCCUGGCCAAAUUCCAGCUCAAGGUGAAAGGCUAUCCAGCCCCCAGACUGUACUGGUUCAAAGAUGGCCAGCCCCUGACCACAUCUGCCCACAUCCGCAUGACUGACAAGAAGACCCUGCAUACCCUGGAAAUUGUCUCAGUCACCCCUGAGGACAGCGGCCAGUAUGCAGCCUACAUCAGCAAUGCCGUGGGUGCUGCUUAUUCAUCGGCCCGGCUGCUGGUCCGAGGUCCCAGUGAACCAGAAGAGAAGCCAGCACCAGAUGUGCACGAGCGGCUGGUGCCACCCCGGAUCCUAGAGAAGUUCACCCCCAAGAAAGUGAAGAGGGGUUCCAGCAUCACCUUUUCAGUGAAGGUGGAAGGACACCCAGCCCCCACUGUGCAUUGGCUCAAGGAGGAGGCAGAGAAGGGAGUGCUGUGGAUUGGCCCUGAUAGCCCUGGCUACACCAUGGCCAGCUCUGGCAAGCAGCAUAGCCUGGUCCUGCUGGAUGUGGGCCGACAGCACCAGGGCACCUACACAUGCAUCACCACCAACGCUGCUGGCCAGGCGCUCUGCUCUGCCAGCCUGCACGUCUCUGGCUUGGCCAAAGAGGAAGAGCAGGAAAGAGUGAAGGAGGCUCUCAUUUCUUCCUUCUUGCAAGGGACAAGCCAAGCUGUCUCAGCCCAGAUGGUGGAAUCUGUGGGUUUUGCUGAUCUUGCUGCACAAAGGAGAGGGGAGUCCCUGGUAGCUGAAGAGGCCCACGGUCACCUGUCCCUCGCUGAGGUGGGCACAGAAGAGUUUCUCCAGAAACUCACCUCACAGAUCACUGAGAUGGUAUCAGCCAAGAUCUCACAAGCCAAGCUCCAGGUGCCGGGAGGUGACAGCGACGAGGAGUCCAAGACGCCAUCUGCUUCUCCUCGGCAUGGCCGGUCUCGCCCUUCCUCCAGUGUCCAAGAAUCCUCUUCAGAGUCAGAGGAUGGGGACUCCCGUGGUGAGAUCUUUGACAUUUACGUGGUCACAGCCGACUAUCUGCCACUGGGGGCUGAGCAGGACGCCAUCAUUCUGAGAGAAGGCCAGUAUGUGGAGGUCCUGGAUUCAGCCCAUCCCCUGCGCUGGCUUGUACGCACCAAGCCCACCAAAUCCAGCCCUUCUAGGCAGGGCUGGGUGUCACCUGCCUACCUGGACAAGAGGCUCAAGCUGUCUCCUGAGUGGGGGCCCACUGAGGCCCCUGAGUUCCCUGGGGAGGCUGUGUCUGAGGAUGAGUAUAGAAUGAGGCUGAGCUCUGUCAUCCAGGAGUUGCUGAGUUCAGAGCAGGCUUUUGUGGGUGAGCUGCAGUUCUUGGAAAGUCACCACAUGAAGCACCUGGACCGAUCUCCCCGUGUGCCUGCAGCUGUGGCCAGCCAGAAGACAGUCAUCUUCCGUAAUGUGCAGGACAUCAGCCAUUUCCACAGCAGCUUCUUGAAGGAGCUGCAGUCCUGUGACACCGAUGACGAUGUGGCCAUGUGCUUCAUCAAGAACCAGGAGGCCUUUGAGAAGUACCUCGAGUUCCUGGUGGGCCGCGUGCAAGCUGAGUCAGUGGUUGUCAGCACCCCGGUCCAGGAGUUCUACAAGAAAUAUGCAGAAGAGACACUGUCAGCCAAGGACCCCACGCAGCCACCCCCACCUCCACUUCAGCACUACCUGGAGCAGCCAGUAGAGCGGGUGCAGAAAUACCAGGCCUUGCUGAAGGAGUUAAUCCGCAACAAGGCCCGCAACCGGCAGAACUGUGCACUGCUGGAGCAGGCCUAUGCUGUGGUGUCUGCCUUGCCUCAGCGUGCUGAGAAUAAGCUGCAUGUGUCACUCAUGGAGAACUACCCGGGAACCUUGGAGGCCCUGGGAGAACCUAUCCGCCAGGGCCACUUCAUAGUGUGGGAGGGGGCACCAGGGGCCCGGAUGCCUUGGAAGGGCCACAACCGGCAUGUCUUCCUCUUCCGAAACCAUCUGGUGAUCUGCAAGCCCCGGAGAGACUCUCGAACGGACACCUUCAGUUAUGUGUUCCGGAACAUGAUGAAGCUGAGUAGCAUCGACCUGAAUGACCAGGUCGAGGGGGAUGACCGCGCCUUUGAGGUGUGGCAUGAACGGGAGGACUCUGUGCGCAAAUACCUGCUCCAGGCAAGGACAGUCAUCAUCAAGAACUCAUGGGUGAAGGAGAUCUGUGGUAUCCAGCAGCGCCUGGCCCAGCCUGUGUGGCGUGCCCCUGAUUUUGAAGAGGAAUUGGCAGAUUGCACUGCUGAGCUGGGUGAAACAGUCAAGCUGGCAUGCCGAGUGACUGGCACACCUAAGCCUGUUGUCAGCUGGUACAAAGAUGGGAAGCCGGUGGAGGUGGACCCACACCACAUCCUCAUCGAAGACCCUGAUGGCUCCUGUACCCUCAUCUUGGACAACCUGACGGGUGUCGACUCUGGCCAGUACAUGUGUUUUGCAGCCAGUGCUGCUGGCAAUGCCAGCACCUUGGGGAAGAUUCUAGUACAAGUGCCCCCACGGUUUGUGAACAAGGUCCGGGCCACCCCCUUUGUGGAGGGGGAGGAUGCACAGAUCACCUGCACUGUGGAAGGUGCCCCAUACCCUCAGAUCAGGUGGUACAAGGAUGGUGCCCUGCUAACCCUGGGCAACAAGUACCGGCUGCUGAAUGAGCCUCGCAGUGGUGUGCUGGUGCUGGUGAUCCGGGCAGCCAGCAAGGAGGACUUGGGACAUUAUGAGUGUGAGUUGGUGAACCGGUUGGGCUCCACACGGGGUGGUGGAGAACUGUACAUGCAGAGUCCUGCCCUGCGUGCCCGGGACCAGCACCACCGGGAACAGCUGGUGGCCGCUGUGGAAGGGGCCCCAUCCAUGCAGGUCACUAUUGAGGAUGUCCAAGUCCACAUAGGUGACACGGCACAGUUUGACGCUGUCAUCGAAGGCAACCCACCACCCACAGUGACCUGGUACAAGGACAGCAACCAGCUGAUGAGCAGUGACAGGCUGAGCCAGCGGCAGGAUGGGACUACAUAUUCCUUGGUGCUGACUGAUGUGGCUCCACAUGAUGCUGGCGUCUACACAUGCCUUGCCCAUAAUGCAGGUGGACAGGUGCUCUGCAAGGCGGAACUGCUGGUCCAUGGGGGGGACAAGCUAGACUCAGAAAAGCAAGUCUAUCGGAGGAAACUGCAUUCCUUCUAUGAAGUCCAGGAAGAGAUUGGGAGGGGUGCAUUUGGUUUUGUGAAAAAAGUUCAGCACAAAGGAAACAAGAUGUCCUGUGCUGCCAAGUUCAUCCCCCUGCGGAGCAAAACUCGGGCCCAGGCGUACCAGGAACGAGACAUCUUGGCUACACUCAGCCACCCGCUGGUCACUGGGCUCCUGGACCAAUUUGAGACACGGAAGACUCUCAUCCUUAUCUUGGAGCUGUGCUCAUCUGAGGAGCUGCUGGAUCGCCUCUUCAAGAAGGGUGUCGUGACUGAGGCUGAGGUCAAGGUCUAUAUCCAGCAGUUGGUGGAAGGACUGCACUAUUUGCAUGGCCAUGGCAUCCUCCACCUGGACAUAAAGCCCCCCAACAUCCUGAUGGUGCACCCAGCUCGGGAAGACAUUAAGAUCUGUGACUUUGGCUUUGCCCAAAAAAUCACCCCCUCAGAGCCACAGUACAGCAAGUACGGCGCGCCCGAGUUCGUGUCUCCAGAGAUCAUCGAGCAGAGUCCUGUGAGCGAGGGCUCAGACAUCUGGGCCGUGGGUGUCAUCUCUUACCUCAGCCUGACCUGCACAUCCCCAUUUGCUGGAGAGAGUGACCGUGCCACCCUGCUGAAUGUUUUGGAGGGGCGGGUAUCUUGGAGUAAUCCCAUGGCUGCCCAUCUGAGUGAGGAUGCCAAGGACUUUAUCAAGGCCACACUGCAGAAGACCCCCAGGGCCAGGCCUGCUACUUCCCAGUGCCUUGCCCACCCCUGGUUCCUGAAAUCCAUGCCUGCUGAGGAGGCCCACUUCAUCAACACCAAGCAGCUCAAGUUCCUUCUCGCUCGAAGUCGCUGGCAGCGCUCCUUGAUGAGCUACAAGUCUAUCCUGGUGAUGCGCUCCAUCCCUGAGCUGCUCCAGGGUCCUCCAGACAGUCCGUCCCUAGGAGUGGCCCGGCACCUACGAGGGGAAGCCAGUGGCUCCUCCAGCUCAUCAUCUUCCUCAGACAAUGAGCUCGCCCCAUUUGCCAGGGCUAAGUCACUGCCGCCUUCCCCUGUGACUCACUCCCCACUGCUGCAUCCUCGGGGCUUUCUGCGGCCCUCAGCCAGCCUCCCAGAGGAGACAGAAGCCAGCAUGCCCACUGCUGAUGCAGCCCUGCCAGCAUCCCCCCAGGGAGCUGGGCCUCCAGCAAGCCCAGGUUGUGUGCCCCGGCACAGCGUUAUCAGCAGCUUGUUCUACCAGCAAGCUGGUGAGGGUUCAGAGCGUGGGAGCAAAACCUCCGGGGCCAAGCGGCACCCAGCUAGGAGGCGGCACCUGCUGAAGGGCGGGUACAUCGCAAGGGCCCUACCAGGACUUCGAGAACCAUUGAUGGAGCACAGUGUGUUGGAGGAGGAGGCUGCUAGGGAGGAGCAGGCCGCUCUGAUGACCAAGACACCCUCCUUUGAGACUGCCCUGAGACUACCUAGUUCCAGUGCCCGAGAAGUCCCAGGCCGAAGCCGCUCCCUGGACCACAACCCACCAGACACCACCGGCCGCUCUCCUGAGGAAUGCGAGGGGCAAUACCUAUUCCCACCCUCCUCUGGGGUGACUCAUGAAGCCACUGCCAAAGACAUGGGGCACUCAAAAGGGUCCUUGCAGGAGUCUGUCCCCCAUUCACCUUCUAGUGGUGACUCGGGGCCUGCUAAGCAAGAGGGAUCAUCCCAGGACAGCUCUCGAGGGAAACCUGCCCCUUCCUGUCACUCUGAACUGUGUUCUGGCUCCCAGGAGGGCUGUGGCUCUCCAUCAUCACAACCGCUUGGCUCUUUACCUCCACAGUCUUUGAAGAAGGACCUCUUGACACCCAGUAGCUCCUUCCUCACAGGACAGCCUCAGGCAGCCCCAUUCCCAACCCAAGCAAGCUCCCUUCCCAGUUCUAAGAAGGAGCCUGGGGAUAGCUCUCUACAUGGAAGGCCCUGUCCCAGUCCCUCUAAUUCCUCAGGGCCAGCCUCCCAAGUAGGUGCCUCCCUGGAUACUGAAGACUUGUCUGAAGCUAGAGACACAUGUGACUUCACACCCCCUCUGCCGCGGCCUCAGGAGCAGGCCACCACCCGGAAGUUCUCCCUGGAAUCCCGUGGGGGCUAUGCAGGGGUGUCAGGCUAUGGCACAUUUGCCUUUGGUGGGGAUGCAGGGGGCAUGCUAGGGCAGGGUCCUCUUUGGGCCAGGAUGGCGUGGGCUGUGUCCCAGUCCUCAGAAGAGCAGGAUGAAGCUGUGACUGAGAGCCCUCAACCUCUAGGCAGCUCAGGGCCCAUGGCUGAAGCUGGUGGGGUUCCCCUAAGGACCUCUCCGAGCUUCCCCCCAUGGGAGGAAGUCGAGCAGGUUUCCCUGGUACAGAUCCGGGAUCUGUCUGGUGAUGCAGAAGCAGCUGACACUAUCUCCUUGGACAUUUCUGAGGUAGAUCCUGCCUACCUCAACCUCUCUGAUCUAUAUGACAUCAAAUAUCUCCCCUUUGAGUUCAUGAUCUUCAGGAGGGUCCCCAAACCUGUGGAGCCGCCAGAGUCACCCGGCUCUGAAACCGAGGCCGGGCAAGGGCUGGCAGAGUUCCUAGAGGAGGCUGUGUGGCCCUGGCCAGGAGAGCUGGGCCUGGGUGCUGGCUUGGAAAUUACAGAGGAGUCAGAGGAGCCAGGGGACCUGGAAGCACUGCUGGGAGAGGCUGCUAUGGGCAGGAAGCGCAAGUGGUCCCCCUCCCGUGGCCUCUUCCUGUUCCCUGGGAGGUGCCUGGCAGGGGAGGAGCCCGUGGAGCUUGGGCUGCGCCAGAGGGUGAAGGCUUCCAUGGCUCACAUCUCCAGGAUCCUGAAGGGCAAGCCGGAAGGUCCUGAGAAGGAGGAGCCCCCCAGGAAGAAGGCAGGCUUAGCUUCUUUCCGGCUGUCAGGCCUGAAGGGCAGGGACCAAGAGCUCUCAGAUGAGACCGUGGUCCUGGGCCAGUCAGUGACACUGGCCUGCCAGGUGUUGGCCCAACCAACUGCCCAGGCCACCUGGAGCAAAGAUGGGGCCCCCCUGGAGAGCAGCAGCCACCUCCUCAUCUCUACCACCCUGAAGAACUUCCAGCUGUUGACCAUCCUGGUGGUGACAGAGGAGGAUCUGGGCACAUACACCUGCUGUGUGAGCAAUCCGCUGGGGAUGGCAGUCACUACAGGUGUCCUCCGGAAAGCAGAGCGCCCUUCAUCCUCUCCACGCCCAGAGGUGGGGGAAGUGUACACAGAUGCAGUGCUGCUGGUCUGGAAGCCCGUGGAAUCCUGUGGCCCAGUGACCUACAUUGUGCAGUGCUGUAUAGAAGGAGGCAGCUGGACCACCCUGGCCUCUGACAUCUCCGACUGCUGCUACCUCACCGGCAAGCUGUCCCGGGGUGGCAAGUAUACCUUCCGGACCGCGUGUGUCAGCAAAGCAGGAAUGGGCCCCUACAGCAGCCCUUCAGAACAAGUCCUCCUGGGAGGGCCCAACCACCUGGCCUCUGAGGAGGAGAGCGGCAGGGGGAGGCCAGCCCAGCUUCUCCCCAGCACAAAGACCUUCGCCUUCCAGAUGCAGAUCCGGAGGGGCCGGUUCAGUGUGGUACGGCAGUGCAGGGAGAAGGCGAGUGGGCGGGCGCUGGCCGCUAAGAUUGUUCCGUACCAGCCUGAGGACAAGGCGGCUGUGUUAAGAGAAUAUGAAGCACUUAAGAGACUGCACCACCCACAUCUGGCCCAACUCCAUGCCGCCUACCUCAGUCCCCGGCACCUGGUGCUCAUCCUGGAGCUGUGCUCUGGCCCUGAGUUGCUACCCUGUCUGGCAGAGAGGGACUCCUACUCAGAGUCUGAUGUGAAGGACUACCUGUGGCAGAUGCUGAGCGCCACCCAGUACCUGCAUGCCCAGCACAUCCUGCACCUGGACCUGAGGUCCGAGAACAUGAUGGUCACCGAGUACAACCUGCUUAAGGUUGUGGACCUGGGCAAUGCUCAGAGCCUCAGCCAAGAGAAGGUCCCACCCCCUGAGAACUUCAAAGACUACCUGGAGACCAUGGCUCCGGAACUCCUGGAAGGCCAAGGGGCUGUUCCACAGACAGACAUCUGGGCUAUUGGUGUGACAGCCUUCAUUAUGCUGAGUGGCGAGUACCCGGUCAGCAGCGAGGGGACUCGUGACCUGCAGAAAGGCUUGCCCAGGGGACUCAUUCGGUUGAGUCGCUGCUACGCGGGGUUGUCUGGGGGUGCCGUGGCCUUCCUGCAGAGCGCACUAUGCGCUCGACCCUGGGGCCGCCCAUGCGCCACCACCUGCUUGCAGAGCGCGUGGUUGACAGAGGAGGGCCCCGCCGGCUCCCGGACCACGCCGGUGACCUUCCCCACUGCUCGCUUGCGCGCCUUCGUGCGCGAGCGCGAGAAGCGGCGGGCGCUACUCUACAAGAAGCACAACCUGGCUCAGGUACGCUGAGGUCCUCCUCCGCAGGGCAAGAUGUGCCUUGCCACAUGAGGACACCUGUGCCAAUAAAAGAUGCAA